GCUCUGGCGCAGGGUCUGGAGGGAGAUCUCCUCGCGUUUGACUUGGACCGGAAGUCGGGAGCUGGGGGAAACAGGGCGAGAAUGCCACAAGGCGGAUCGAGAUGCGAGGGUGCUGCGGGGGCCGAGGGGGUGUUGAGCCCUUCUGAUUGCCUUGUAGCAAGGGUAAUCCUCCUCGAUCGAUCGGGGUGUCCGAUUUGGGCACGGCUGCUGCUCGCAAUGGUAGAGGACAGUCUCAGGGCCGUCUGGGAUGUAGACGUUGAUGAGAUCCUGAGAGUCGAAUGCGUGGAUCUGGCCUUGACAGGCAGCCACGAUGGAUGGGGAGAGGAUGGGAAGGCCAGCUUAUAUACAGGGGAGGAUAAGGGCAGGCUGUGCGCACUGGUCCAUGCGCAGCUGGUCUGUGCACAGCAUGCCAACGCGGCCCCGGGGGCUGGUGAGUCAGAGCAGCUGUGUCAGUGGAGCCCGAGCUGUGCCGUGCACUGCUGCCCCAUCUAA